GUGCUGGAUUUGGAUCCAAGAGCAAGUAUAUGUUUGGGAAAGUGACCAUCCAGCUCAAGCUUGUGGAGGGUGACUCUGCUGGAACUGUUACUGCUUUCUAUAUGUCAUCAGACGGCCCAAGUCACAACGAGUUUGAUUUUGAGUUCCUGGGCAACACCACUGGUGAACCUUACUCGGUCCAAACGAACGUGUACGUGAAUGGAGUAGGUAACAGGGAGCAGAGACUCAACCUCUGGUUCGACCCCACCAAGGACUUCCACACCUAUUCCAUCUUUUGGAACCAGCGCCAAGUUGUGUGACUUCCACACAUAUUCUACAUCGGUUGUUGGAAUAACCGAUGUAGAAUAGUGGUAAAAUCUACAUCGGUUUUACUUAUAACCGAUGUAAAUUUGUACGCAAAUCUACAUCGGUUUUCUAACAACCGAUGUAGAAGUGUUUGUUUUACUAAGUCGCUCUAUUCUACAUCGGUUUUAUAACCGAUGUAGAUUACCUUCUAGAACCGAUGUAGAUAAUACAUCCUGUAGUAGUCAGUGGGUAUAGAGUUUAAGGUGCGAAAAUUAAUUAAAAACAUAAACACUAACCCUCGUGACUAUUUCAACAGUUUUCAUUUCGGUAGAAACAGGUUAUGGUGCGUUAUUUGAGUGCUUCACUUUGAUAGUAGAAAGAUUGAAGGAGAAUGAGGAUUGUGGAGUAUGUUUCUUUUGAACGAUUCAGAUGAGGCAGAUUCAUGAGGUGACUGUAUAAAUGGUUGAGAUCAAAGUA